GUCCACGAACGAGUCCACGGUCAAGCGGGCAUCUCUGCUGGGCGACAUGCACCUCCGGAGCAUCCGAACGAAGCUCAUGCUGAUGUCGCGCAACGAGGAGGCCAACAAACACUUGGAGACGAGCAAGCAGCUGGCCUCGGCCUUCCAGGAGGAGUUCACGGUGCGCGAGGACCUGAUGGGCCUGGCCAUCGGCACCCACGGCGCCAACAUCCAGCAGGCCCGCAAAGUGGGGGGCGUCACGGCCAUCGAGCUGGACGAGGAGACCUGCACCUUCCGCAUCUACGGGGAGACCCCCGAAGCCUGCAAGAAGGCCAGGAGCUUCCUGGAGUUCUCGGAGGAUUCGGUCCAAGUGCCCAGGAAUCUGGUCGGUAA